AAAACUUGCUGGUCCUCACUGUUGCCACCAAGCAGACUGAGGGAUUCCAGCGCUUCAGAAGAUCAGCCCAGUUCUUCAACUACAAACUCCAGGUGCUGGGGCUGGAUGAGGAGUGGCAGGGUGGAGAUGACCAGAAGCCAGCAGGAGGGGGGCAGAAGGUCCGUCUCUUGAAAUCAGCUUUGGAGCAGUAUGCAGAUAAGGAAGAUCUGAUCAUCCUUUUCGUGGAAAGCUAUGAUGUGCUCUUUGCUUCGGGCCCCGCAGAGCUGCUGAAGAAGUUCAGACAGGCCAAGAGCAGGGUGGUCUUCUCAGCAGAGAACUACAUCUACCCCGACAGGAGGCUGGAGGCCAGGUACCCUCAGGUGCGGGAUGGAAAGCGCUUCCUGGGCUCUGGAGGCUUCAUAGGUUAUGCUCCAAACCUGAAGAAGCUUGUGGAGGGGUGGAAGGGACAGGACGAUGACAGUGACCAGCUCUUCUACACAAAUGUCUUCUUGGAUCCAGAAAAAAGAGAAAGUAUCAACAUCAGUCUGGACCAAAGAAGCCGGAUCUUCCAAAACCUAAACGGAGCAUUAGAUGAGGUGGUUCUCAAGUUUGAAAACUCACGAGUGAGAGCAAGAAAUUUGUUAUAUGACACUCUGCCUGUGGUGAUUCAUGGAAAUGGACCCACCAAGCUGCAGCUGAACUACCUGGGAAACUACAUUCCUCAAAUAUGGACGUUUGAGACUGGCUGCACUGUGUGUGAUGAAGGCCUGCGAAGCCUCACGGGGUUCAAGGAUGAGGCACUGCCAAUGGUGCUGGUUGGCAUCUUCAUCGAGCAGCCCACCCCAUUCCUCUCCCAGUUUUUCAUGCGGCUCCGUAACCUUCAUUACCCAAAGCAACGAAUCCAGCUCUUCAUUCACAACCAUGAGCAACAUCACGUGAUGCAGGUGGACUCUUUUGUUAAGGAGCACAGCAAAGAGUAUCUUGGCAUCAAGGUGGUGGGACCAGAUGACGAGGUGGAGAACGCUGAGGCGCGUAACCUGGGCAUGGAUUUGUGCAGGAAGGAUCCUGACUGUGACUAUUACUUCAGCCUGGAUGCUGAGGUAGUUCUGAAGAACACAGAGACUCUGAGGAUCCUGAUCGAACAGAACAAGCUGGUGAUUGCUCCACUGGUGAGCCGUCAUGAGAAGCUGUGGUCGAAUUUCUGGGGGGCUCUGAGCCCUGAUGGAUACUACGCCCGCUCAGAAGAUUAUGUGGACAUUGUCCAGAGGCGCAGGGUCGGGCUGUGGAACGUCCCCUACAUCAGCAGCGUUUACAUGCUGAAGGGCAGGGCUCUGCGCUCGGAGCUGCAGCAGGGAGAUCUCUUCCUCAGUGGCAGGCUGGAUGCUGACAUGGCUUUCUGCCACAACGUCCGCAGCCAGGGAGUCUUUAUGUACCUGACAAAUCGGCAUCAGUUCGGACACAUUCUGUCCCUGGAGAACUACCAGACCACUCACCUCCACAACGACCUCUGGCAGAUAUUCAGCAAUCCUGAGGACUGGAGAGAAAAGUAUAUCCAUGAAAACUACACAGCAGCUCUGAAAGGGAAGUUGGUAGAAAUGCCCUGCCCAGAUGUUUACUGGUUCCCCAUUUUCACUGACACUGCCUGUGAUGAGCUGGUGGAAGAAAUGGAACAUUAUGGCCAGUGGUCCACAGGUGACAACACGGACAGCAGAAUACAAGGAGGAUAUGAGAAUGUCCCAACUAUUGACAUACACAUGAACCAAAUUGGCUUUGAAAGAGAAUGGUAUAAGUUUCUUCUGGACUAUAUUGCACCUAUCACAGAGAAACUGUACCCCGGAUACUAUACCAAGACUCAGUUCGAGCUGGCCUUCGUGGUGCGCUAUAAGCCUGACGAGCAGCCCUCGUUAAUGCCCCAUCAUGAUGCUUCCACCUUUACCAUCAACAUCGCGCUGAACCGAGUGGGGAUAGACUACGAGGGAGGAGGCUGCCGGUUCCUGCGCUACAACUGCUCCAUUCGAGCUCCACGGAAGGGCUGGACCCUGAUGCACCCAGGGCGCCUGACCCACUACCACGAAGGUCUUCCAACCACCAAAGGGACCCGUUACAUCGCCGUGUCCUUCCUCGACCCGUAGAGCCACGCUUCACAGGAGGGACCUUUCCCUGGUCCUGCUCACUGCUGACUCUGAGUGGAAGCAGGGAAUGCUGCUGGGAGUUGUUAAGGCAUGGAUCAAAGCUAUUUGAUAUUGAUUUUUAAUGGUAUUUUAAGACUCCACUACUGGAAGUUCUCCGAUACAGCAGAUAAUAUCUAAGAAUAUUGCUGUAGAAUUUGGAAGGAGAUUUUGUGCCUUCAUUUUUGAUUGUGCUCCUUACCCGCU